AUGGAUAGGGUACUACAAAAUGAAUUCGGAACUCAAAGAAUUACUGGUUCGCAAGAAACAAGUCGACAAGAGCCUGGUGAGUUUGCUUCAAAAUUGGUAAAGAAUCAAUCUUUUUUUAUACUCGCAGUUAACCAGCCGAAUAUUGAUUUGAACAAUACAACAAUACAGAAAACAAUCGAGAAGCAUAUCUGGAAUUUUGAAGGAUCUUACUUGGAAGAAACUCAUUCAGGAGGAAACUUAAUUCGCGGGUUUGACGGUUAUUUAAGGGCCGCAAAUGAUAAAAAGAAGCGAUCGGAAAUUACACAUGAUCUUAAGUCUGGUUACAAUAAACAAAUAGGACCUAAUCUAAAAAAGAAGAGAAAACAACAAAGGCCUACUAAUUAUAUAUAUCCUCAAGAAGUUAAAGAAGCAAAAGAUAGGGAGGUAAGAAGGAUUAGAUUGUCUGUCCGAGAUCGAGAUGAAAAAGAUACGGAAGAGGAAGUAGAUAUUUGA